ACUUUUUUAUAGUUUUUAACAAAAUUUAAUGUUUUUCUUUAGUUAGAAAAUGUUUUCGACGGUCAACAGGAUUUCUCAGCCACAUUUUACUCAAUUGACAGCCACUUUGGGUUAUUUUAGAACGCCUGUUGCCUCCGCCAGUCGACAGCCACAGAAUGCCCCCAAUAAGCAAAGACCUCCAAACAAGAAAGACAAGUCUUACACUUGCAGAGCAUAUUUCCUUUUAAGAAACCCGAAUGUAUUGAUGAUCCAUAAGCGGCAAAUGCGGAGCGAUAAGUUCACAGAAAAAGGACGAGGCGAUGAGCUCAAUUACUUCCUCAAGCUCGCUCGAGAACAACUCGCAAAAAUCAGGGCUAAUCGUAUUAGCGAAAUUUCCGAGGAUAUUGAGCAAUUGAAUGAGGAGAUCAAGAAAUUGGAGAAAAACACCAGCUACAAAUCGAAACGCUUGAAAGAAAAGCUUGUACAGGACAUCCAGAAUCUGAAGGGCCUACUGGAACAAUUCAAAAAGAGUCUCGAAAAUGACAAGAAGGGCAUGUGAAAGCUGUCAUUUUGCGGGCCUGGACAUUGAAACUCCAAUAAUAUUAGUCGGCUUUUUGCCUCAUACAUACAAGCAGUCUUUGGUAAAACAAAAUUAAUACAUAUUAUUUUUUGGAAUUGUAAAAUUGAUAGCUUAGAUUCUUUAUAACACUGGCCUAACAGAAGAAGUAUAAUGAUUCCAGUCCUUGGUACUCUAAUGCGAUUAUGCCGUCCGAAAAUAUGCUUGUUUGCCCAAUUUAACAA